UUGACCAGGUCAAACUGUUCCUUCCUCUUCCAUCCCCUAAUAAACAGGCGGAUGCCGAGCUGUGUUGCCCCUUCACCACCCAUCAAUCUCUGCAGCUCCUGAGGUCACUAAUCCCAUGGUCUUCUUCCCCAUCCCCACCUCCAUCCCAUUCCACCCUCACCUCCGCGCCACCACCACCGCCGUCAAGUACUGAUCGAUCGAUCCAUCCAUCAUGGAACUGCAGCUCUCCCCCUCCCCCUCAUCCUCCUCCUCCUCGUCCUCCAUGGGCGACACCACGGAUGUGGUCGUCACGGACGACGAGACCACGGUGCCGGAAAACCUCAAAUCCAGUGAGAAGAAAGCGCUGCUUGAACUGAGGACAAUGCUGGAAGACGCCAUCGCGGCUGGUCAGCUCCUCCACCACCCUUCCCAUCGCCACGAGAGGAGCAAGACCCGUGUUGCCAACUCUUGUUCGGUGAACUCCUCGUGCGUGAAGGCAGAGGAGGCGGAGGAGGAUCUGAGCGACGUCUCUUUGUGGGGCGUUCCGCUGUUGCCGAGCAGAAAGCACGAGAGCACCGACGUGAUCCUCCUCAAGUUCCUCCGAGCCAGGGAGUUCAAGGCCGCCGAGGCGUUGGACAUGAUCGGGAGGACGCUGAGAUGGAGAAGAGACUUCGGCGUCGACGGGAUGAUGGAGGGGGAAGGUGGCGCUGACGCAGCGCCGCCGCAGCCGCCACCGCCGCACCUCAAGAGUGCAGCAUACAUUGACGGCAGAGACAGAGAAGGCCACCCGGUAUGCUACAACAUCUACGGCGUGUUCAAGGACAAGGACGUGUACCGGCAGACCUUCGGCGACGAGGAGCGGCAGGAGAAGUUCCUCCGCUGGAGAGUGCAACUGAUGGAGCAGGGAAUCAAGCAGAUGAGCCUGAAGCCUGGUGGAGCGGCGGCGAUGCUUCACAUCAUCGACUUCAAGGACUCGCUGAGGCCGGGCAUGAGGGAGCUCCGCAGCGCCACCAGAGAAAUCGUCUCCAUUAUGCAGGACAACUAUCCCGAGUUCGUCGCAAAGAACAUAUUCUUGAACGUCUCCUUCCGCUACUACGCUUACCAUGCACUCUUCUCUCCCUUCAUCACUCCAAGAACAAGGAGCAAGUUCAUCUUCGCCAGGCCCGCCAAAGUCACGGAAACGCUUCUCAAGUUCAUGUCCCCGGAGAACAUACCGGUGCAGUACGGUGGCCUGAGAAGGGGGGAGGACGACGACGAGUUCUCAGCUGAAAACGAACGAGCGUCGGAGUUGGUGAUCAGAGGCGGAGGAAUCGGACGCAUCGAAAUCCCCAUACUGGAGCCAGGGGUGACUGUCGUUUGGGACAUCACGGUGGUGGGAUGGGACGUGAACUACAGGGAGGAGUUCAUCCCGGAAGAUGAGGGCUCGUACAAGAUCUUGAUCCAGAACGAGAAGAAGCCGGAGGAGUGCAUCCGGAACUCCUUCUACAUCAGCGAGCCGGGGAAGGUGGUGCUGACCGUGGAGAACAGGACGUUCAAGAAGAAGCGAGUGUUCUACAGGUCGAAGAGCAAGCCCACCAUCCCCUUGUAUGAUCUGCUAAGCCAAACACAGCAACCACAGUUGUAGGUUUACUGCACGCACGUUGUUAUCUGCGACGCAACAUGCACAACAGCUUACUGCCUUCACAGGGAUGAUGUGCCAUCCAUGCAUAUCAUAUCGGUUCUUGUAUCAUAUCCACAAUGAACACAUGUGUAUCACCAAGGCAUGAUGUACGACUGUUGGAAACAUGUUGAAGAUUCAGCGUGUAAGUAAAGACUGAGAGACUAAAUUAAUGACACC